UUUGCAUUUAGUCGGCCAUGGAUUGGAUGCGUGUGCUGCCCUGCUGCUGCUACUAGCUUCCUCCAAAACUCCAUGUCUCUCCUCCCUUACUUAGACUACUAUCCUUCUCACUCCCUGUCGAACUUCCGAGACGACGGUGGUCCUUACUCUUCCAGCAGGCAUAAUUCGCCAUACGAUCGAGAAAAUCGUAGACAUAGCAUGGCGGCCACUAACAUCGGGAUGAUGGACGGGGCUUACUUUGUAGGCCGGAAUGAGAUCCUGAAUUGGGUCAACUCCACCCUUCAUCUCAAUCUCAGUAAGGUCGAAGAGGCGGCUUCUGGGGCUGUACAUUGUCAGUUGAUGGAUGCGGCUCACCCAGGAGUUGUCCCGAUGCACAAGGUUAACUAUGAUGCGAGAUCCGAGUAUGAGAUGAUUCAGAAUUACAAAGUCCUCCAGGAAGUCUUCAACAAGCUGAAUAUUGGCAAGCACAUAGAAGUGAAUAAACUUGUCAAGGGCAGGCCUCUGGACAACCUGGAGUUCAUGCAAUGGUUGAAGAGAUAUUGCGACUCAGUCAACGGAGGCGUUUCCAUCGCCACGAACGUGGUGGUUACUACUACGUCCAGUUACAAUCCAGUGGAAAGAAGAAGGGAGUCAUAUAAAGGGCCCAAAGAAGGCGCCAAACGAACACCGAUGAAUGGAUCUACUACGACUAGUAGGGACGGUGGACAUCACGAAAAUGCGGUUAGAUCGCCCAAUUCGAACUCGACGAACGCAAGCUCUAACGGUUCCUGCAAUACGUCCAGAAGAUCUAACACAACUUCUGCAUCUUCGCCAAGAAGAGAUUCACACUCAUGCUCACAUACCUCAAGCAAGACGAAAUCCUAUACACCCUCCAUUCCACCAGAAAUCCGGGCUCUGAACGAACAGGUUGCAGAGCUGAAGCUAUCUAUGGAAAAUCUGGAAAAGGAGAGGGACUUCUACUUUGGAAAGCUACGGGACAUUGAAACAGUUUGUCAAAACCCUGAGCUAGGCCAUCUUCCGGUAUGUCUUGCAAGAUUAUUAUGGCAGUUCAAAGGAUUCUAUUCGCAGCAGAGGACAGUCCUGCAGUGAUAUUGGAGGCCCAGGCUAUGGCAUGCGAGAAUUGCCCCAUCGAGCAGCCUUGCAUUGAGAAGCGAGACAUGCAGGACGUGGACGAUGUCCUCAUCUCGGAAAUGGCCGAGAGCACUGCGGUCAACAACCCGGGAUGGGACGAUCGUCAACAUCAACAUGAUCAGCAGAAGUCUAGGCGCAAGAGUAUGGUGACUCUUGCAGUACCCCCUGCUGAACCAUCUGGUGUGUAUCCCCGACAUCACGGCAGAAACCCCUACGAAGGAUCCCGUACAGGCCAUGGAGAGUUCCGUCAGCCCGCCAUUUCAACUCUAAGAGUCAAAUAGCAGCAUGCGCAGCCUGCAGCUGCACCAUCCCGAGCUCUUCUGUGAAUAUUCAAUACGUACCCACCCGUGUUACAUGACACCCCCAACUUUAGCUUGUUUCAGAGCUAGCGCUUGUUGUACAGGAGAAUGAAGAUAUCUCUUGGCCCAUUUCCGCAUGGAGCCGAGAGUGUAGCUGCUGCAGUCAUUAACUACGACGCGAGAAGAAACAGAGUUCAUUUCCAAAGAGAGAGAGUGAGACCAGUCGAAGAAAGUUCGUGAAGUUAAAAGUUCCUACCUUUAAAGAUUUUUUACUGAUGAAUAUAGCUAGCUACCCCGAAGCUCCAGAAAGCAUUUGUAGGCUGUGUGAUCUAUAGUUGCUAGCUAUGAUCAAUGGAUAUUCCAGUUCAAGCAUUUAUCAAUCGAUAGACCCAGACCAGCCCAACCAGCCUUACAGACAGAACCCGCCCCCGACCGCUGAGCACGGAUCCUUCUCAAUGCCCCAGAACAAGAAAUCACCCAACACCCCUCACCAGCCCCUGCCACACUGAUUAGAACUGUUUGAAUCCAAUGUACCCUCCCAUGGCCAGCCCCCCGUAGUUUCAGUCAGUAGCUCUAGCACCUAGAGACGGACGGACCUCCAUCAACUUUUCACUACUGAAAUUCAAAUCUGGUCUUUUGUCGAGAUUGGGAUAUUUCAUUAUUCUUAAGCGAGUCGAGUCCCUUAAGUUUGGUACAAUGGAAAAAAGUUUUGCAUAUUAACAGUACGUCACAAGAAGAAGAAGAAGACGACGAAGAUAAGAAGAAGAAGAAGAAGAAUUCGAUGUUUCUAUCGAUAACCUCACCCCGCCCCUCCUUACCGCCCCACUCCCACCCUGCAGUGAGUGUCGAUCGAGUCUAGCGUAAGUCGACACAGAAGUGCGAGAAGAGUACCUACUGAUUGUACCUGUCGGCGUCCUGUACAUCGACAAGAAUCUUUCAUUCAUACGUAUAUACGUAUAUAUAUUUAUAUAUUUAUAUGUUCUUUGUAUACCUCUGUACAGCUAGCUGGCGCUGCCAUGGAGUUAGGCACGUCCUGGGGUCCGAUCCCUCGUGCCUGACUGCUCUAGCUAAGUAUCGAAGUUCCAGUUUCUCUAAGUACACAGUCACCAUGUUCCCAUCGAUCUGCAUCCUCCAGUUCAGUUCAUUUUCUACCAUUGAGCACUUUGGCAGACGUGGUGCCUGAACUGCGCCUGCACCUGCUGCACCACAUUCACCACCAUGUGGCUGCUCCGUUGCACGCGAGGCCCAGUAGCAGCUGCCAUCCCGAGUGCUGCUCAUGAUCAGUCUGGAGUGGGCGCGUUGCUGAUCGAAUCUCAGACUCGAGACAGAAACUGAGAUUAGAGUGCUGCAUCACGUUUCGUUUGUACAUUCGUCGUCUGUGUUCUCAAAGGUUCUUACUACGUUCAGAGUCAUUUGCAAUCCUGCUACGUCCUCAGCUAUGAAUACUUGAAGCGGUCCAGCAGCGCUUAUGUACAGUCUAGCAUGAAGAAGGAGGAGGAGGAGGAGGAAGAAGAAGAAGAAGAAGAUGAUGAUGAUGAUGAUGAAGAUUUAGAUGAAGAGCACGUACCUGUCCCAGACGCUGUGCAGCACCAUCCGAGCCGACAGAGACUAUCUUUCUACAUCAAGUUUUGCUUGCAGCUGCUCUUCUCUCUGCUCGAGUAGUGACAUUUAUCUACAGCUUUUCUGCAGUGCUCGAGCUCGUGAAUUGUCCAUUAAUCUCCUGGAGCCGCUGAUGAAGUAGUGUCCGGCAGGCGAAGUCACAAGGCGCGGCCUUGGACCGGAGAGUUCGCUGGCCAGGCGUUAGACCUGCACUACUGCUGUGCAUCCGUUCCAAGAUUUGAUCAACACCAGCACUCCCUCAAAGUCCCAAUCCUUCUGAGAAGUGAUUGAUUGACCUGUUGCAGCCUAGUGGGAACGCUAAUUCCACCACCAAUUCAAUCUCCCAAUCGAGCUCCAGCUCCAGUACAUCUCGUUGUGGCUGCCAGCUCCCAAAAAUCAGCCUCAGACACACACACUCACACAGUUACGGUUACACUAUAAUUAUGAAGAUUCUCGAGGUCGUUGCCCUGUCUUCAUGACAUGGCUUCCGAUUCCUCAGCCCUUUCCAUCACUAUAUGUACUAAGCCAUAGAGCGGAUCCAUGGCCCAGUCCUGUAGACGGCAACUUUGACCUUGAACGAUUACGAUAAAAGUCAAUAUUGAAUCUGCUCGUC